GGGCGGGAAGAAGAAACAAAGAAGAUGCAUGUCAACAGUUUCUAACUUUUUAAAUAAAACCCCAUUUGGGCUUCUACAAGAAGCUGAACUCCCUCUGUCUCAUCCUCUGGAAUGGCUCGAAAUAAGGUUGGUCCUAGCUCAGUGGCAAUGGUACUUGAUUCUGGUGUGAACUAGGGCAUCCUGAUUCUGGUCUGCUUGGGUGGUGCUAUUCUUUUUCAAUUCCUAUAAAAUGGCCUGCAAAAAAGAUACAUGCUAAAUGAGGGAGGCAUUGCUUUUAUUGCUUGAUGUCAGUCCAUCAAUGCACACUUUUCUGCCAGAGGUUGAAAAGCUCUGCUCCAUGCUAUUACAGAAGAAGCUGAUUUACAGCAAAAAUGAUGAAGUGGGAAUUGUUUUAUUUGGAACUGAAGAUACUAAUAAUGAGCUGACAAAGGAAGUGGGAGGAUAUGAGCAUGUGGUGGUCUUACGACAUAUCAAAGUUGUUGAUGGUGAUCUUGUUGAAGCUUUACAACAGCUUCCACGAGGAACUGUUGCUGGUGAUUUUCUUGAUGCCAUUGUUGUUGGGAUGGAUAUGUUGAUAAAGAAAUUUGGAUCUACAAACAAGGGAAAAAAACGUCUUUGUCUUAUUACAAGCGCACUAUGUCCUAUCAAAGAUCCUUAUGAAGGAACAAAAGAAGAUCAAAUUGGUACCAUUGCUGAACAAAUGUCUGCACAUGGCAUGAAACUAGAAUGUAUAGUUGCAAGGGGGAGGCUGAGUGGCAAUGUGGAUAUGAGAAUAAUGGAUGAGAAUGAUCUUCUGCUGAAACUAUUUUCAACAAAAACAACUGCAAAGACACUGUAUGUUGAGACUCCAACUUCAUUAUUAGGUGCCCUUAGAACUCGAAGCAUAGCACCUGUUACAAUAUUCAGGGGUGAUCUUGAACUAAGCCCCAAAAUGAGGAUCAAGGUAUGGGUUUACAAGAAAACGGCUGAGGAGAGGUUCCCCACUCUGAAGCAAUAUUCUGAUCAGGCUCCUCCAACUGAUAAAUUUGCCACGCAUGAGGUGAAGGUAGAUUUCGAGUACAAAAGCGUUGAAGAAUCUAGCAAAGUUGUACCCCCAGAGCAAAGGAUUAAAGGUUAUCGUUAUGGGCCUCAAGUUAUUCCUAUUUCAUCCGCAGAAUGGGAAGCUGUCAAGUUCAAACCAGAAAAGGGUGUGAAGCUUUUAGGAUUUACUGAUGCUUCAAAUGUAAUGCGCCACUAUUAUAUGCACGAUGUCAACAUCUUCAUUGCUGAGCCGGGCAAUACAAAGGCCAUGCUUGCAGUUUCUGCCUUAGCAAGAGCAAUGAAGGAAAUGAAUAAGGUAGCAAUUUUGCGCUGUGUAUGGAGACAAGGACAGGGAAGUGUUGUCAUAGGGAUCUUGACACCCAAUGUGUCUGACAAAGAUGAUAUCCCAGAUUCAUUUUACUUCAAUGUACUUCCUUAUGCUGAGGAUGUUCGGGAAUUUCAGUUUCCAUCUUUCAGCAAUCUCCCUGCAUCGUGGCAGCCGAAUGAAGAACAGCAAGAGGCAGCAGAUAACUUGGUCAAGAUGCUUGACCUUGCACCAUCUGGCAGCAAGGAGACUCUACUGCCUGAUUUGACACCAAAUCCUGUUCUGGAGCGUUUUUAUCGUCAUCUUGAGUUGAAAUCAAAGCACCCAGAUGCAGCUGUUCCUCCUCUUGACGAAAGUCUCAAGAAGAUAACUGAACCUGAUCCAGAACUUCUUUCUCAAAACAAGCCCAUAAUUGAUGCAUUCAGAAGGCGCUUUGAACUCAAAGAGAAUCCAAAGCUUAAGAAAUCAACUAGACGAUUAUUGAGAGAAAGACCAUCUGGACUGAAUGAGGAAGCUAGUAUGGGGGAUGGUAGUGAUGGCCAAGCCAUCAAAUCUAUUGAAAAUACAUCUACUGUUGGGGUUGAGAAGAUUGGAGAUUCAACUCCUAUUCAAGAUUUUGAAGCCAUGAUGUCACGCAGAGAUAGCCCGGAAUGGGUUGGGAAAGCAAUUAACGAAAUGAAAAAUAAAAUUUUUGACCUGGUGGAAGACUCCUAUGAAGGGGAUAAUUAUCUUAAAGCACUGGAAUAUCUAGUUGCCCUUCGCAAGGGUUGCGUCCUUGAGCAAGAACCAAAACAGUUCAAUGAUUUCCUUCACCAUCUUUACAAAUAUUGUGAGAAACAUAACCUUAAUAGUUUCUGCGAAUCUCUUGCAUCCAAGGAGAUCAUGCUGAUCAACAAGACAGAAGCAGCAGACAGUGAAGUUACAGAAGAUGAGGCUAGAAGCUUGAUGGUGAAAAAGGAGCCAAAACUAGAGUAAACAAAUUGAGCAGCUCCAUGUGAACUUUUGUUGCUUAUUGUUAACCACACACUUACUGAGGUCUGACUCCUUUCAGGUGUGUUUGGUAUAUGGGAAUAGGAAAGGAAAUGUAGGUUAAUCAUGAUAUUAUGUAGGAAAAAGGAAUUCAAAUUUUGAUACGUCUGAGCUUUGGUUUCCAUUAGUAUGAUUCUUCUCAUUCUGGAUUUUAGCA